CUUUCUCUGCCUGGUGUUGUGAUUACACAGUGCUGUGGGAGGUGUGAUCCUGCCUUUCUUCACUUGCAUUUUGUGCCUUCUGCUGAACUCUCUGCCCCAGCUCUGGUGGCUCCCUUUCCCAAAGUAACUUCCCAGAGGAGAAAACCCCUCAGAAUGACAGACCACUUUGCUGGUGUUGCAGUCAGAGACUGAGAGCCAGGUAUUCCUUGGAAGACGAGUCAAAGAUGCUCCAUUGGCAGCAACUGUCUGAAACCGGGAUUUCCAAGAUGCAAAUAAGUUGCGAAGAUACCUGGAAUGUGUUUGUGCAAAGAGAGCUGAGUAUGACAAAAGAUGGUCCUGAGUGUUUACAAUAAGACCACAAGCCGUGCCUAGCCCACUGUCCAACAACAUCACUUUGGAUACAGAAUGAAUAGGACCAUCGCUUUUGAUACAGUAUCUCCACUUCAAGGAAACUGGAGUUUUCCCUAUCACAGUGUUGUACUCUGUAGGAACACAACAAAUAUUACUAUACUUUUAGUUACUUCAUAUAGCCUGGAGACUCUGGUAGGUGUUCUAGGAAAUGUAUUUUUCAUUUGUGUCCUCAUGAGACAUAAAGGGAAAACUAUUGUCACAAAUAUAUUUAUUACUAAUCUGGUUGCUUCAGAUUUGAUCAUGUGCAUUUUCUGCCUGCCUUUCACCAUUGUCACUGUCCUGCUGAACUACUGGCUCUUUGGUGAAGCUAUGUGCAGAAUGACCUCAUUCAUCCAGUGUGCUUCUAUGGUGGUAUCUGUCCUGUCCCUAGUGCUUAUUGCUGUAGAAAGGCACCAGCUCAUUAUCAAUCCAACUCGUUGGAAGCCAACUCUCUCCCAAGCCUACCUGGGCAUUGCAAUUAUUUGGAUGUUUGCUGGUCUCUUGUCUCUGCCUUUCUUGACACAUUCAACAUUAAGCAAUGUGUUAUUGGAGCAGUUCUACAUCAUGGAUCCUUAUGCAAGCAAAGCUAUUUGUAUGUUUUCAUGGCCUUCAGAAGAGUAUAGGCUGACCUAUGCCACACUUCUGCUUUUGCUCCAGUACUGCAUUCCUCUUCUCAUUAUUGGGGUUUGUUAUCUGCGCAUAUAUUUACAUCUCCAGAAGAGAGAAGGCAUAUUUGAGAAGCACAAGUAUGGUGGACGGACACUGAAGCUGAAGCAGAUAAAUAUCCUGUUGUCCUGUAUGGUUGUUGCCUUUGCAGUUUGCUGGUUGCCACUCCAUGUUUUCAACAGCAUUGAUGACUGGAACUACAAAAUAAUUCCCCAUUGCCUACAUGAUUUGAUCUUCUCAUUGUGUCAUCUUGUAGCCAUGGCAUCUGCCUGCAUAAACCCAAUUAUAUAUGGCUUCCUAAAUAAGAACUUCAAAAAAGAAAUGAAGAUCUUGUUCCUGAAUUGUCAGUCUCCUUCUUCAGUUCAAGAAAAAGAGAAUAUACCUCUAUCUACCAUGCAGACUGAAGUGUCCAGAGGUUCACUAGGAUUAGUCUCCCAGCAGAAUUCUAUUUAGUGCCUUCAGAGAUCUGAGAUUCCUCAUAUAAUCUGCAGAACAAUCCUUUUAGACACCAAAGAAUUUAUUUAAAACACAUUGGAUUCUUCUGGAAAACUUCUCCCUUUGGCAGAAAUGACACAUUAUUCAUUAUGCACUGACUACAUAGCAGUGUUUGCUAAAGUGCUCAGUCAUAUGGUUCAAAUUCAGGGAAGGGAAUCUCUAACCCUCUCAGUGCUGCUGAAUUGCUUUUUAUUUGUUUUCAUAUGUAAAGCCAACAUCAGGCUAUCUGAAAAUUAGUGUCAAAUAUACCUUGACUGCUCUGUACAUUAAUUUUUUUUAAAUGAAUCUUCUCCCACAUCAUUGACAUUCGUGUGUGAUAGAGAAAGCACAAGACUCAGUCAUAUGUAAGCCAUGAGAACACCUUAAAGCAUUCCAGUGAUAUAAUAUUAGAAUUUUCUAGAAGGCCUUGACUUCAAAGGUGAUUGAGAAAUUCCGUAUCUUCAAAUAUGAUGCUUUGCCACUUCAUGAAAGUCUAAUUGGACUUGAUGGAACACACUUGGAACUUUUCAUACUCCUUUUUACAUCUAUGAGCUGAUUUUAAAGCUUCAAAGCUGUCCUAUUUCUAAUCACUGUUUUUUCAGGCCUCAUAUUCUUUACCAAAGGAAACAAUACUUUUCCUUUGAAAUGCAUAAUGUUACUGACAUUAUUUUAAUGUAAAGAAGACAUUUCUGCAGCCAUAGUUUUGGUUGGGAGCUAUUUCUUGCUAUAACUCACUUUUCAGUUUCUGUGCUCAGCUUCAGCAUUUUAUCCUGUCUAAAACCAAUGCAGAUUCAAUAGCUUUUCUCCCCCAUUAGCAUCUGACUCAGAGGUUGCUAUGUCUUAGUGGUUUGAGAAUUAAUUUUUACAGCUGAUCUUUUUCCACAUCCCUUCCC